UCAGACAAGAUGUGCUCUUCUUGACUGCAUUGUGAGGGUAUAGCUCCUGGGAAACCCUGGUGUGACGGUCUAUGGGAGUCUCGCAUGUGACGGCAUCUCCUUGUUGGGCCCCAUGGUGGGUGGGGUCACUAGGAGCUGAAUUCUUUUGUCUAAAUAUGGAUUCAAGAAAUUUAAAACCACUAAAUAGGGAUAAGUUAUCUCCAGUAACAUCCAACGUUUCCAGCACUGCAACCUACUUGAUAGUUCAUGCAACUGGUGAUAAACCACUGGCGAAAUGCUCUCCAUUUCUUAUUCAAAAAAUAUUUGAAUCAACGAUCGGACACUUGAAAAAGAUACAAAAAUUGAGGUCAGGGGACCUGCUGGUAGAAACAGCCUCACCUCAACAAACAGUAAAUCUAUUAGCAAUAAAAACACUGGGAGACAUGGAAGUCACUGUCACCCCACACGGAAGUCUAAACUCAUCACGUGGGGUGAUAUCUGAGAUCGAUCUGAUGUCUGAAGACGAAUCAGAUAUUCAGAUCGGUCUUUCAGAUCAAGGUGUCACUGCUGUCCGACGCAUCUCCAUUCGUCGAGAUGGCAAGUUGAUACCAACUAAACAUCUCAUUCUUACUUUCGGAAAGCCAACAUUACCAUCAUUUGUUACUGCAGAAUAUCUGCGCUGUCCGGUUUGUCCGUACAUUUUAAACCCGCUGCGUUGCUUUAAAUGCCAGCGAUUUGGACAUUCCCAAACAUCAUGUCGAGGCAAAAGUUUAUGUGCACAAUGUGGAGUUGAAGGCCACCAGAGUACUGAGUGUACAACCACUCCAUGCUGCGUCAACUGCAAAGAUGCCCAUCCUGCCUACUCCCGAAAAUGUCCCACAUGGCAAAAAGAGAAAGAGAUUCAGCGGGUAAAGACGGUG